CACUGUUGCCAACCCUAAAGUUCAGAUUGGAUCAGUUUUGAGGUUCAAAAACAGUUUGUCCAUUGUUUGUGCUCCUUGCAUUGCAAUGGCUAUCUCCAUUUUUAUACCAGAUUAUCAAAGAAAAGCCUAUAAUGUAUUAGGGUUGGGGAUUUGUUUCAUGGUGCUGAUGACAACGAAGGGUUAUGCAAGAGAUUUCUCAGUGAAUUGGGGCCUUCACAAUGCUGAUAGUUACAAUCAAUGGGCAGAAAAGAACAGGUUUCAGAUUGAUGACUCACUUGUGUUCAUCUACACACCAAAAGAUGAUUCAGUGCUUCAUGUCAACGAGGAGGCCUACAAAAACUGCUGUGUGGAAUCGCCACUCUCCAGCUACACCGAUGGUCACACUGUUUUCUCAUUGAGUCAUUCCGGUCCUUACUAUUUCAUCAGCGGAAACAAAGGCAACUGUGAAAAGAAUGAGAAGUUGGUGGUGGUUGUUUUAGCCGACCGGAGUAACUGUUCUUCGACCACAAAUGGAACAGCCCCUCCUCCUCCUGCGCCUUCUAGUUCAAUUGACAUAAUUCCACCUCUGGCACCUUCCGUAGAGUCUCCUGCUGCGUCUCCGCCAGUCGACCGAAACUGCUGAAACUAACCCUACACCGGCACCGAGUGGUGAAUGUCCACUAAAUGCAGCUUCUUCAGUAUUCAUGAGUGUUACUGGUUCUAUGGGAGCAAUAUUUGUUGCUUCAACUCUUUUUUUAGCAUUCUGAAAGUAAGAUGUCAGUCACGAAUUUGAUU